AGACAGAUUAACCCCAAAAAGAAUCCCAAAAAAAAAAAAAAAUCCCAAAUCAUCCUCAUCGAUCGAGAGAGAGAGAGAGAGAGAGAGAGAGAGAAGACCAAAACGAGAGGAGACUUAAAACACUUUCCGUCGUUCACUACUUAAGUCGUCGUCGUCGUCGUCCCAAUUCGACGCCGGCGAUUAUAAAAUCGGAGAGAUACUCUCUCGGUCAACAGAUCUAGGAAGGAAGUUAGGGUUUUUGAUUUGGAGAAAUGAUGCAAAAGUAGAAUAGAAUGGAGAGAGGGAAUAACAACAACAAGAUGAAUAAUAAUAAUAAUAGAGGGGCGAAGAGGAGUUUGGAAGGUAAUGGUGAUGAUGGUGGUGAUCAGCCUGAACGAAAACGUCCUGCUCUUGCUAGUGUGAUUGUUGAGGCUCUGAAAGUAGACAGUCUACAGAAGCUUUGCUCCUCUUUGGAACCUAUUCUCCGCCGAGUUGUCAGCGAGGAAGUGGAACGUGCUUUGGCGAAACUAGGACCUGCUAGGCUUACUGGAAGUUCUGGGUCUGGGUCUUCUCCAAAGCGAAUUGAAGGUCCAGAUGGCCGGAACUUACGGCUGCAGUUCAGGUCUAGGUUAUCUCUCCCCUUAUUCACUGGAGGGAGAGUAGAAGGAGAGCAGGGUGCUGCUAUCCAUGUCGUCUUGAUUGAUGCCAACACUGGGCGUGCUGUCGUAUAUGGUCCAGAGGCUUCUGCCAAGCUUGAGAUUGUUGUCCUUGAGGGUGAUUUCAACAAUGAAGAUGAUGAAGGCUGGACACAGGAGGAAUUUGAAAGCCAUGUUGUGAAAGAGCGUCAAGGGAAGAGACCGUUACUGACUGGAGAGUUGUAUGUUACUCUCAAGGAAGGGGUUGGAACUUUGGGCGAGCUGGUUUUCACUGAUAACUCGAGUUGGAUUCGGAGUAGGAAGUUCAGGCUUGGUUUAAGGGUUGCUUCUGGGUGUUGUGAUGGUAUGCGCAUACGUGAGGCGAAGACAGAAGCUUUCAUUGUUAAAGAUCACAGGGGCGAAUUGUACAAGAAGCACUAUCCACCUGCUCUUAAUGAUGACGUGUGGAGAUUGGAGAAGAUUGGUAAGGAUGGAGCAUUCCAUAAGAAGCUAUACGCUGCAGGAAUAGUCACUGUAGAAGACUUUCUGAGAACAAUGGUCAGAGAUUCUGCAAGAUUACGUACUAUUCUUGGAAGUGGAAUGUCAAACAAAAUGUGGGAGGCACUAGUUGAGCACGCUAAGACGUGUGUCCUGAGCGGUAAGCUUUAUAUCUACUAUCCCGAGGAUUCAAGGAAUGUCGGCGUUGUGUUCAAUAAUAUCUAUGAGCUAAGUGGUCUCAUUUCCGGCGACCAAUAUUACUCUGCUGACUCACUUACUGAAAGCCAAAAGGUAUAUGUUGAUGGGCUGGUGAAGAAAGCAUAUGAAAACUGGAACUUAGUGAUAGAGUAUGAUGGAAAAUCUCUCAUAGACAUGAAGCAGCCUCAGAGAUUGGGUAUUACUCAAAAUGAAGAGGCAAAUUACUCAACUGCUGCCAUUAACCAUCCAAUGCAUAUGGCAUCAGUGCCGGCUAAUCAACCUCCAGUGCUUUCUGAUUUUUCUGUUGGAGGGUAUGAUCAAACUAUGGCGACAAGGUAUCCUCCGCAUCCCCAGCUCGUAGUCUCCAACCCGAGAGCACAGUUUGAGGUUGCUUCCGGUGCAACAACUCAGGAUCAGCUCAUGGGAAAUCUACAUCAGGGUCAAAGCUCCAUGAACAAUCAAAACAUGAACGGUAUGCUUGCUCUCGGUCCUCCACAGGCAUCCACGAGCGGAUACCAAAACCUCAACUCUUCUCAAGUUCACCAGGCGAAUCUCAAUCCUUUCGAAGACUGGUCAAACCACCGCGAGAGAGGAGCAGAAGAUUUCUUCUCAGAGGAAGAGAUCCGUAUGAGAAGCCAUGAAAUGCUCGAGAACGAGGACAUGCAACAGUUCCUCCGCCUAUUCAGCAUGGGAGGAGGAGGUAAUGGCUCUGCUUCACAUUUGCCUGAAGAUGGAUAUACUUUCCCGUCGUUUCUGCACACGCCUAUGCAAGGUUAUGACGAAGACCGUGGUCGAUCAGGCAGAGCUGUUGUUGGGUGGCUUAAGAUAAAGGCGGCAAUGAGAUGGGGUUUCUUCAUCAGGAGGAAAGCUGCUGAGAGGCGAGCACAGAUUGUAGAGCUGGAUGAUGAUGACGAAGAAUAGUCUGGUCUUUAUUCAUCAUGAUUGUACCCCAUAUACCCUCAUGAUGAUGGUAACAACACUAAUGACUCAAAACAGGUGUUUACCAAAUGGAAACUGAAUCUUGAGGGCAACGAGGCAGCAGCAGCAGCGCGAAUGGAGGUGAAGUGGCCCUGGUAUUGUAUAAAAAGGAGUGUACAGAUAGAUUCAGUGGAUGUGUUGUGUUUAUGAAGCAGGAGACUUCUAAUAUGUUUGGUUGACUCAUUUAGACAUUAGCAUUCUUAAGAACUGAUUUUGCAGUCUUAACAAGUAGAAUGAAUGUCUUGUGACUUUGUCUUUUUUUUCUUCUUCUAUUUGAUUUUCCAGUAGGCUUGUGUUCCACGAACCAUUAGUGCCAUGUUUCUAUGAUU